CGCCUGGUCCCAGGGACGCUCCACAGCCGCACCCGGUCCAGGGCGGCCCGCGGCUUCCUACAACGCUGGGUGGGGGCCAACGGGCCGAAACCGUCAGCGGCACCGGCCCCCGCAGGCUGCAUGGCGCAUGCAAUCUGUUUUCUCUUUUAAAAAUAAAAAAAGUCCCAGAGAAGAUGUAUGUGGUAAGCUUAUCUACAGAACAGGUGUAACAAGAGCCACAGCAGAAUGGAUAACCAUCCUAGUCACUCCAAGGAUGCCAAUGGAAAAUAUAGGUCAGAGGACCAGUCUGUAGUCAGCAGAAUGCAGAAGAAAUACUGGAAGACAAAGCAAGUUCUAAUCAAAGUUACAGGAAAGAAAGAAGACGAGCAUGUGGUUGCAUCUGAUGCAGAGCUGGAUGCCAAACUAGAGGUUUUUCACUCCAUUCAGACGAGCUGUAUAGAUCUUCUAAAGACUAUUGAGAAAUACCAGCAGAGACUCAAUGUUAUGUCUGAGGCGGAAAAUGAGCUAGGGCUCCUUUUAAAGGUUCAAGGAGAGCAAGAUGCUACUAAAGCUGGCAAAAUGAUGGAAGCCACUGGAAAGAUCCUCUGUUCUUCUGCUCAACAAAGGGUAGCCCUUUGUACCCCCUUGUCUCGCCUUGGGCAGGAACUGGCAACAUUCAGUCACAGGGCUGUGUCUGAUACCUUGUUAACUAUUGAUCGUAUGGAGCAGGCCCGCACAGAAUACAGAGGGGCCUUGCUGUGGAUGAAGGAUGUGUCCCAAGAACUGGAUCCUGACACCUGCAAGCAAAUGGAGAAAUUCAGAAAAGUGCAGAUGCAAGUGAAAAAUACCAAAGCCCAGUUUGACAAGUUGAAAAUGGAUGUCUGUCAGAAGGUGGAUCUACUUGGAGCUAGUCGCUGCAAUAUGUUGUCGCAUUUCCUUGCUAUCUAUCAGAUAACCCUUUUGCACUUCUGCAAGAAGACAGCAGGACUGAUGUCCAAAAUCCAUGAGGAGUUCAUAGGUGUCCACCCAUAUCACUCUGUUGCACUUGAGCAACCACAGGAGCCUUCCCUAAACAAUCCCACUGAAGAACAUAAAGAGAAGAUAGAGAAAGACACCAUCAGUACAAACCUUGAUAAGUUAAUUUUGUUGGAUGAUGAAACUUCUAUCAAUUUGGAAAGUGAAGCAGUUUCCAGCAAUCUGCUGGUAGAUUAUUUGGAAGGAGAAGAUUUUGAGAAAGAGCUGUCAUUACUGGAUAACAUACUGAGUCCCUGUUCAAGUGCUGGAGAGAUCAUCCAGGAAUGUCAAAAUGUGCUUGGGAGUCCUCAUACCAGUCUCCUUUCACAUAAUCCUGCUACAGAGUCAGAACCUCUGCCUAGUUCAUCUGGAUUCCUACCUUCACAGCUCCUUGACCUUGGCCUUCAUGCUGCUGGAAGCUUCAGUAGUUGGACAUCUCAGUCAGAAUCUGUGCUGUCUCUUACGCACUCACUGCCUGGUAACCAGCCAUUCCCUUCACACAGCACUCCAAAGAUAUCACCAACGUCUAUGGAGAGCAGUAAUCAAGAUAUGUCAGCCUGGUUCAGUUUGUUUGCAGACUUGGAUCCCCUUUCAAAUCCAGAUGCCAUUGGGCGCUCAGACGAUGAACUCCUCAAUGCUUGACUACAGUUACCCAAUGGACAAGCUCUUACUAUGUCUCACUACAGCGGCCUUAAAUAUAGAACCUUACUUCCUCUUGCUUUUCUAGAGAGGAUUUCAGAUUCUAGCCCAGAAACACAACAUCGAAACUGUAAUCAUAAUGUCAGUCAGUAAAGUCCCAAACUCUAGAAAAAGCAUUAAGGGUGGUGUUGAGAGCAAUUGAGGAAAGUCACUUUAUCUUUGAUGCCUUGGUUUUAUGGCUAUUUUCAAUAUUAUAUGAAAAUAUGGCAAGCUGGUUAGGAUCAACACUGAAAAGGCUCAGUUUCAUCAAGACAAAAUUACAAGACAAACAAAGCUAUAUCAAACUAGUUACUUUCCUGCAUGCCCCUUUCCCCCAAAAAAGAGUUACCUUAUGUCAAUGUGAAAAUGUUAAUUUCCAGAAAAUACUUCAGGACAGAUAGUACCUUGGCUCUUUUACAGGACCCUCAUUAACCUUCAAGACAAUUGCACAUCUUCAGCCAGACCCUCUAAUCUGGCCAAUUUGUGCAUGAGGCAGGACAAAUGGGGAGGGAGCAGAGGUAGUUUUAGAUUGUCUUUGUGACUUCCUGAUCCUGGGGGAAGGCAUGGGCACGUGUGGCUCCCAGCACAACUUUGAACAGCCUCAGGGCUAUUCUAAAUUGCACUAAACUGCCUGUGCUUCCAAGGGCCAGAGUACAGGAGUACACUAGUCACAUCCACUUUUCCCUUUCAGCUAGGCCAGGAAAGGCAUAGAGCCAGUACAUUAGCUGUGAGACUGCUGAGGUAGAGGAUCUCUAGGUACCUGGUUAAACUGGCUUUACAGACACUUGGCUACACUUACAAAUUUGCAGGGCUGCAGCAGGGUGUGAAAACACACCCUCUCCAGCGCUCCAAAUUGCGGCGCUGCAAAGCGCCAGUGUGGUCAAAGCCCCAGCGCUGGGAGCGCGGCUCCCAGUGCUGUCUGUUAUUCCCCACAGGGAGGUGGAGUACGGACUACACUUAGUGCUUCAGUGACAGAGCAGCACAGAAGGCCUGUAUCAUGGGCAGGACACAGCCUAUUCAUUCAAUUAACCUUAGACAAGAAAGCACAGGCCAAAUUCUGCCUUUGUUUGCUACUGCAGGUACUUUAGAGGGGCUGCAGAGAUGGUAAUCACGACUGAAGUUGGCUUACAGUAAAUGCCAUUAGAGUAGCAGUUAUUCUAACAAGGAGCCAUUUUAUUCAUCAGUUACAGAAGUGUAAAACUAUAAACCAGAUAAAGCAGCAGCAGAAUUACCCAGCUUACUCCUCUGUAGAGACAGAAUUUUUCUUUUCAUUGUAUUGUUAAUUAGAUUAAGUAUUUUGUUAAAAAGGGAACAAGUAGAGCUCACCUGUACAUUUUGAGCCUUUGGUGAGUGGGAGAGAUUUAACACCUCAUUACAUGAUCACUUGCAGCAUGUUGGACAACUCACUCCCCCACAUAUACGGUAACUUUUUCUAAUUUUUUUAUUUUGAAUUACAAGUUAAAUCUUGUUGGGCAAGUUUGUAUCUUUUUACCUUCAUGCUUCAGGUUGCUGGGAGCUGUUUACUGUGAUCCAACAAGAUUCUUAAAGAGGAAUAUUAAUGGAUUGGCAGAAUUAUGGUAUGAUGUAAAUCUCAUUGUAAUUAGGUGAGUGGAUGAUUUGUGAUUCAGGUUCAUGAGUGUACCUGCCCCAUCCCAGUUUGGCGGUGGUAGGUCAUAACUAAAGCCAGGCACCUGGUGUGGGGUCUGAUUAUCUCCAGUCAGAUGAAGAUAAUUAAGACAUAAUCCUCAAGUCCUCCGAGACUCUCUGCAAGCCACAAUGGAGGCCAUAGUUUUCUUCUCACUGCAAGACAAGGAAUUCCUGGUACCUCUGUGACUGAUACCCCCCAAAUUCUAGCAAAUCAUGCUACUCUCAGCUCUGGAUCACAAAGACACAGCAAUGAGGUUGCUGCAGGGGAAGAAACCUCUCUACAAGCCCAUUUAGACACUCACUGCUGCAGCAUGGAAAUCUACACUGUACUGCUAAACAGAAAUGUCAUUCGGACAUAAAAUGUGAAGAAAAGUGAAACCAAAAAUUGGUCACAUGUUAUUUGAAAAUGAACACUGAUAUGUAGGAAUUAAUGAGAUUCCAUGUUAGUGCUUAGCAGGAUAAGCAGAAAUUUUAGACUGGAGCACCAUUUUGCUUGCAGCAGUUAGUUUUCAGGCUAAUAUUGAAAUACUUCAUAUAAGCAACUACACCAAGAGGGAUGCAAAAAAGUGUUAUUCAUUACUGAUGUGCUAUUGUAUCAAAACAAAUCCAAGAGUCUUUGAUCUUGGUUAGGGCUGGGGACCUUUUCUGAUGCACGUGCUUUUGCUGCACACCAAGGCCUUAUCUACAUUAAAGGGAAAAGUCGAUCUAAGCUACACAAUUUGAGUUACAUGAAUAGCAUAACUCAAAUCAACAUAGCUUAGAUCUACUUAUUGCAGGGUUCACACUAAGCAGUGUUGAUGGGAGAUGCUCUCCCGUCAACUCCCCUUACUCUUCUCAGUCAGGUGGAGUACAGGAGUUGAUGGGAGAGCAAUUGGCGGUCGAUUUAGCGGGUCUUCAUGAGACCCGCUAAAUCAACUGCCGAUGCAUCGAUCGCCACAGCAUUGAUCCUCCAGUAAGUGUGAACAAGUGCUUAGAGACAAGAAUUUACAUACCCCUGUAUGCAAAAGACUUUUGUGUUAACACUGUUAGGGGCCUGCCUAGUUCUUACUACACAUUGCAUUGGGGAAGGUCUAGAAUAGUUCUACAUAGACUCGUAGACUUAAAGGUCAGAAGGGACCAUUAUGAUCUUCUAUGAUCAUUAUGACCUCCUGCACAAUGCAGGCCAC